UGAGUUGCCUGUUGUGAUUGUGAUUGAUAGUCCUUAAUCCAAGUCCAAUUGAAUCGUACAUAUAUACAAAGUCGGAAAUACAACAAAUACUUAUCUUGUGCUUUAACAGAACUUAUCCUAUGUUGUGAAGUGAAAGUGAAUACUAACUUAUAAAUUACAAUAGUGGAAUACAGUGGACAACAUGUUUUUAAGCGUAUAUUUACGAUUUCAUUAUCUACGUAAGGUUAUUGGAUUGUAAUGAUACCAACAAGGACGUAGUUUGGCGAGCAGCAAUAUCAGUCGCAGGAAUAUGACAUCUUCAGGUGGACCAAGUACACAUCUUGGAAUGCAUUCCACCAUGGCGAGCCAGAUAGGCAUACGUGCCCCGCCGUCGGACUUUGGCUUAACAGUGGGUGUGCCAGCGCCGACGAUGGGUUAUGAGAUCCAAGCUACCCAUAGCGGUGAUUCUUCUUCUGAUUCACAAUCUCCUGGUAUGCCUACAGCCAAAGCUAGUGAUCGGGAAUCCCGUAUUAUAGCAGAAAAACAACGUCGAAGUCAAUAUAACACCCAAAUAGGUCUGAUAAUGUCCUUGUUGUCUGACAUAGUGCACUCGCAACGUAAGGUUGAUAAGACGAGUGUGUUGAGACUGGCCGCCAACAAGCUCCGCAACGAGCAUGUGUUCGGUGAUACAAUCAAAUGUGGCCACAUAGAGACAUGGUCUUCUUCGUUCUUAAAGUUUUUUGACCUGUUUGGGGGUGUUAUGUUUGGUGUCACAUGCCGUGGACGUUUGUUCAUCGUAUCCCCAAAUGUUCAAGAAAAAUUGGGAUAUUGUCAUAUAGAUCUCCUUGGCCAAGACAUGUAUAACUAUGUUCAUCCAGAUGAUAAAGAAACUCUCCGCCAUCAUAUCUAUCCUCAAGAACUCCAAACAAGCUGUGACAGCAGACUAUUUGAACAUCACCAUAAUUUCCAUAUCCGCAUUAUGAGGGCUGGUGCUCGGUCAGAUCCUGCUAGAUACGAGCGCUGCCGCAUAGAUGGUAUUUUGAGACGCUCUGACAAAGCAACAUCUAAUGGUGUGCAAGAUGAGCAAAUCAUUAGAAGGCAAAGAGUUAGAACCAACAGAACAUUUUCAUCCAGUGGAAAUGAUGUAGUUUUCAUUGGCAUGAUUCAUGUAUUGUCUAGUUCGAUGCCAGCUCGGAUUCUGCCCCCAACAGCUUAUUCUGAAUACUGGACAAGACAUUUGAUUGAUGGCCGCAUAGUACAGUGUGACCAGAGUAUAUCACUAGCUAUUGGCUACAUGACAGAAGAAGUAACUGGAACAUCGGCUUUUGUAUUUAUGCAUAAAGAAGAUGUCCGCUGGGUCAUUUGUGUGUUACGUCAAAUGUAUGAUGAAAGUAGAGAAUUUGGUGAAUCUUACUACCGGCUCAUGUCACGUUCUGGACAUUUUAUAUACAUGAGAACACGAGGAUUUUUGGAAAUAGAUAGAGCCACAAAGAAAGUACAGAGUUUUGUUUGUGUCAAUAGUGUCAUUGGAGAAGAUUAUGGUUGUCGAAUGAUGGAAGAAAUGAAGAGAAAAUAUUCUGUUAUAAUUGAUGUAGAAAAACAACAAGCUGAAGUGGCAGCCAAUGAUGAUGUCCCGGUAGAACAUCCUAAACGUCUAGAACGCAUUGUUAUGCAUCUUGUUGAGCCAUCAGUUAAUGAAAACAUAGAUGAGCUGCAACUAGUACCUCCUUCGAAAGAAAACAUAAUUUCUGCAAUUCAGAAUAGUGAAAAAGUUGUUCAGGAGACAGGAGUGAGGUUUGACUCAAGGAAAAGAAGGAAGGUAGAUUGUGAUGACACUAGUGAAUAUUUAAAGAGACACAGUGGACUGCAAGAUGUUAAUGAAGUAGAUCUGUAACUGGUGAAUAAGCUUUGUGAUGUCUGUUCCUAAGAUUGUUAGUUAAGUUUUCAAAAUGAAGUAGAUGGUAUAUUUGACCAAAUGUUUCAGAAUUAAAACAUUGAUAGUGUAGUUGUAAUAGUAAGUGAACAUUGACGCAGCGGACUGAGCAUGGGUAAGUCCCACUGUGUGGGCAGACUUCAUUGACUAAAGGUUAUUAUUAUAUAAAAUCCCGAAAGACUGUGCCCGCUGAGGCAAUUAACUAAAACAAGUAAUACAGAACAGAAUGACCAGUUAAUAGUGUAGGUAUUUUACUCAACAGCUAAACAAGUAAAAUAGGUAGAUUCAUCAUUCAUUGCAUGUUCUGAAGUUCAGGUAUGAAAUGGUAAUUCACUGUUCCUAUGAGUACUUAAUAAUAGUGAUUGGGAAACUGGGCUACAUUUAGCUGGUGAUUUAUCAUUAGAAACCUAUUAUAAUAUUGUGUACCUACUUGGUUAAAAAUGCAGACUUUACAAAUGUUCGAAAAUAAGCUACCUACCUAAAAGUUGCACCAUUGAGUAAAUAGCUAAACUUUGCAAUGGAUUAUAAUUUCUAUUAACGUGGUGAUUACCAAAAUAUGAGUUAAGCGAACUAGAGAUCGAGUUCUGUAGCAUAGAUUUGAAUGUAGUUAACUAUCUAAUAACCCCAAAAUCAAUUUAUUAUGUAAAUGCUUGUGGCGGGUGGUGGCGUCAGUAUGAAAUAUUCUGUGAGGGACCAUAAGGGGAAAAGCUCAAUAAGGUUUUGUUUUUGUUGAAGAAUGAUAAUUGCUAUUAUCUAAUUAUUGUAUCGUGUAACAUGUAGGUAAAAUACAACCUGGAUAAAUUAAAUGAACGCGUGUACGACAAACGCGCAGGUGCACUGGCUACCCACCUUUAUGGUCACGCGUUGACUGUCUAUGUUGUUACUUCAAAACGUUCACUGUAAAUGUUUAAAAUUCUUGUAAUGUUAGAUAAAUGUCUAUUGUGAAUAGUGCCUGGCUCCAGUGCGUCUACAUGUACCUAUAGUACCUACUGGUAUAUCUGUAUAUUCGUUAACACUUUCUUCCUUCUUGGUAGGUGUUUUAGUUGGUGUUAACUACUUACUUAGCUAGUUACAAAACUAAAUAAGACGAAGAAUAAUGCGUUAGUUGAAAACCGGUAACUACGUCCCCGUUCCGAAGUUUUAUUAAAUGGCUAAUGUUCCGAAUUAUGUUGGACCAUCGAUCUAAGGAGAUUAUACAUCUGGUGACUGUUAUGAUGUCAAUUUGUGGCUUAUUUACAUAUCAUUGUAUAGCAGUGUGGGCCUACUGAAAAUGUUGCCAGUUGCAAUUGGCAACUAGAUGCCCUGAAGGUUGUUGAUAUUGAAAAUGUAAGUAAUCUAUAAAAAUGACUGAUUACAAAGGAGAAAUUCACAAAUCUGAUAAGUUUUGGUUAAAACCUGAUAAUUAUUGUACUCUCGAUUAUACUCGAUUUUGGUAUUAAAGACGUGGUAUCGUCGAAUCCAUUUAAAUUUAACAAACCUUCCGAAAACUGCUUUAUAAGUUAAAUAACAAUUUAUUUCAAAUUGAUAACAGUAAACCUGGCAUAAAAGCAAAGUGUAUUGAUGAAGGUCAAUUAUAAUCAGAUAUAUCGUGGAUUUCUUUUGUCAUGGGACUUAUUUGAUAUUUUAUUUUUCAAAUUGUACAAGGUCGUUGCUAGAUUAAAUUCGGUGUAUUUAAGACAUUUGGGUGGGAGUUGUGAGUCGAGUUGGUGUAGCAUGUUGGGGUUAUUACAUAUUUUUGCUUCUGAAGUUUCGACAUAAACCUUAAUAAGAUGUUUUUUGCGAGUUCUGUAGAAAGAACGAUUUCCUUUUUACCCUAAUAGAAUCGUCACCAAAGCAAACCGGUAUUGUACCAGCGUUUUUACCUUGUGCAGCAUUGAGGAUCGAUCGAUGAGUUUUAUCAAGGGCCAAGGGCAAUUCGGCUGUCCUUAUUGACUUUACCCAUCGUAAUAGACAAAAGUUAUGUAAAUACAAGAAUUUAUUCUAAACUACAACAUUUUUGCUGUAUCUGUAAGUCGUUUGUUCACAGAAUUGACAAGAAAUAAAAGGAGUGUUUACAAUUUGAAUGUGUGUUAGAUUACUGACACCGUAAUAUCAAUGAAUCUAUUUGUAGUGUUAAUAAUCUGUGCGUUUGAAAACUGAUAUGUUUGUCACUAAUGUUAGAAUUUAUGUUUACUUUACGCAUUGCGAAAGUACCUAUCUGAUAUGUUUUUGUAGGAACUGUUAACAGCCGAGAUUAAUAAACCAAAACCUUAAUCCAAAGUGUCUGGACCGAUCUAGGUUUUGACAGAAACUGUACAGAAGUUAUAUCAAAAAUCGAUCUCAAUUAAAAAUCUUUGGUUCGGAUUGGUUACUGAUUUUGGCUGUAAGUGUAAAUUGGCCACAUAUUGUCGUCCACUGAUCGGCUAUUGUAUUGUUUUAUGGACUGUUGAUAGUUAAUCUGGCAUAACGUAGGAUAAAAUUUGGAAGACGUAACUAUGUGACAUGUGGCCGGCCAUUUGUUAGAAUUGGAAACUAUUAUGCCAUCCACAUAAUUAGGACAAAAACAAAAUUGAUGAUAAACUAACUACGUUUAAAUGUGCCAAAACGUAUGAAUAGUACCUAGCUAAAUAAUGAUAUUAAAAUUAUCGCCAAUUAACUUUAAAUACUUAUUGUACCUUUUAAAUAUUAAAUGUUAAAUUAAUUUUGUU